UGUAAAAAUUCCGAUGAAUAAACAAAUUGUUUCACGUGAGUAUGACAACAUCUUGCUGGCGAGUCUCUCCUCUAACGAUGGAUUUCGUGGCGAUUCACUCGCCACGUUGCAACAUUCAGUGUCAGUGGACGUAUUUUGAUUAUCAACAUUUCUCAUCGACUCGUCUUUGCCCUCGUUGAACAUCAUCCGUGGACUGUUGAUAUGAUUGAGCCAAUUUUUUACAAUUUACCAGGUGUAUUUUCACGUCACGGUAGCACUGUCCGUCAUCCUGGAUCGUCUUUAGGCACAUGAAAAAAACUGAAAAGGCCUUAACUCGAUUACCUGAGGCCGAGACGACCGAAUAGGGUAGACUGUCACGCGUACAAACAUCCUUGUGAACAGCUGAUCGGCGCUAUAGUGCGUGAAUGGACGACCGUCGUAUCGCGGCUUAACACGUGCGCUUCGUUAAUGAGUUAUUUGUUUUUGUUUGGCGAUUUGGGGCGUGACAUCGAUUUUUUUAUUAUUUAAUUCGGUAGAUUGUUGAGGGAGUGGUGAAGGGAGGGGGAGAUGUGGGGGUUGUGCUCCAAAAUAUAAAACAGUCCGACUUCCAACUUCAACAGCUAGACCACAAAUGAACUACUCCCAACCAAUGAAUGAAUAUCACAGACUUGAAAAUUAAUUUCACCCAUUAAAUCAAUUAAUUAAUUUCAAAACCUAAUUCCACCCAUUAAAAAACUCCUGGACUCGAUGGGUUUGGCUUAAAUUAUGAAUUCUCCAUCUGAAAGGCUCUGAGACUUCCCUGGACGAACCAAACCAUGAAGUCCCUUUUAGUCUUCAUCCCCAGGAACUUCUGCAACGAAGCUCCUGGGUACAUAAACGGCAAAGUUGUCUACGAUCAAGAGAGUGAGAGUAAAAAAUUCUACAUAAUCGGAACUCAAUCAGCCCCUCGAGGGACUCCAAAAAUCCAUUCCGACUUGAUUGGAUAUUAUUCUGGUUCCACUGGGGCUUCCAAGGUCGACAAGAGGGUGUGGGACUGGAUAGAGAUCUCCUCGAAGCCCUCAGCGACCCAAAAAUCCCACGAUUACUACCUGAAAAGUGUGACUGUCGACAAUCAGAGGAUAGAGAUGACCCUGAAGUCCCAGCACACAGUCAAGAUUAUUUACGAUCAGGUGGGGCUGUUGGAGGCCGAGCUAUUCAGGAGUGACGAUCAGCCGGGGAAUCACUUCCUCGAGCUCAAGGAGAUCCUCGAGAGGAGGAAGAUCGAGGUGAAGGAGAAGGGGGUCCUCGUGGGGAUGGUGGAGACUCUCCUCAUGUACACGGUUCUCUGCUUCAUGUACCCUGUGAUGUCACUUGGGGAGGUGACCAACAUGCUGAUGCCUGUGCUGAAGUACUCCACGCUGGGGCUCCAUGUCAAUGGCUGGCUGGAGAACACCAAGUGGACGCUGGCUACUAUCGUUCAGGAGAGGAGGGUCAGCUUGAAAACUAGGAAUCAUAUUUUAGCUACGAUGUUCGAUGUGUCGCUUGGCGUCAUGGCUUUGAGAUUACUGCUGCAUUAUAUCGGGGGGAUACCACCGUCGCAGAUGCUGCUGGAUAAUGCUGAGAAAGUUGUUGAAUCGUUGAAGAGUCUCAUCCACUGGCUGAUGGGAUCCCCAGCAGGACUCAAGCUGAAUCACUCUUUCAACAAGAUGUUGGGGAAUUUCUUCCUCUAUCACAUUCACCUCUGGUGGACAUUCCUAGUCUCCAUAAAACCAGUCAUGGAUUUUUUCUUCGAAGUAUUACUGUUGUUCGGCAGAUUGGGAAUAACCUUCCAGAUAUCAAUCGCUGCUGAUCUCCUGGCACUCGUCAGUUUCCACACCUAUUGUAUUUAUAUUUAUGCAGCUAGACUAUUCAAUAUUCAGAUACGAGGCUUAACAGCUCUGUUUCGCCUCUUCCUCGGGAAGAAGAGAAAUCCUUUGAGAGAACGAGUCGACUCUUGUCAGUACCAGGCCGAUCAGUUAUUCGUUGGAACUCUUUUAUUCACUAUUAUUCUGUUUCUCAUGCCAACGACAUGGGUUUAUUACUCAGUCUUCACUACACUGAGAUUAAUCCUCAUCGGCUUCGGAGGCUUCCUCACGAGACUACGAUUUUACCUCCAAGUGAUUCCUGCCUACACCUUCUUUUGCUGGGUCUUUCGAUCCAGAAGUGCAAACAGUUCAGUAAAAUUGCUGAUGAAAUCCAGGGACAAUACUGGUGCAAUAACCUUGCUGAUGACGACUGUAGCUGCACCCUGGAGAGACACCUGGAAACGAUGCAUCCCAGAUACUCUUACGUACCAUCCCUCCAUAGAGUGGGGAGUGAUUGUGAGCAAUAUAUUCUGGGGUCAACUACUCUACCCUUUGUAAAUGAAUCAACUCAAUCCAAUUAAUUUAAUCAAUUGAAUUAACGUGUAAUGAACAAAACCAAGAGAUCAAAUCCAAAUCGAAUGAAUAAACCCAUUAUUUUUUAUCGUCA